UUUAAGGCGGACUCAAAUAAGCGUUGCACCUCGUGUUUUUUGUUUACUUUCGCCAGGAGGUUAGCCAGCCCUGCUAAAGAUUGACUAAAAGCGAUUUAAAGAACUGGAGUUUUCCCCCUAGAAAAAGGAUGAAGCCCGCGGUGGACGAGAUGUUUCCGGAAGGAGCUGGACCCUACGUGGAUCUGGACGAGGCAGGGGGCAGCAGCGGCCUGCUGAUGGACCUGGCAGCCAACGAGAAAGCCGUUCACUCAGAUUUCUUUAAUGACUUUGAGGAUCUGUUCGAUGAUGACGACCUGCAGUGAUCACAGCGUCUGAGCAUCUUUUCGGGAUCCUGAAGACGUGUACAUAACAGAAACGAAGAAAAUGUCUCUUUUAUUUGUAUAGCCUUUCUCAUAUUAGUGGUUCAGUAUGCUAUUAAAAUAAAGAAUUUAUGUUUUCACGGAUAA